AUGGAGGUGCCUUCGUUCCUGCGUCCACUCCCUCCAGGGCUGAACAAGUCCCACCCGUGUUUCAACGCUUGUUUCCCCCAUCCCAACCUCAAUGGCGACGCGCACGCUCUGUGGUGGCCCACCCGUUCCAAGGAGGACCCUGAGAUCGUCUUAUUCUUUACCCCAGGGAACCCUGGCCUCAUCGAGUUCUACCUCGACUUCCUUUCCGAGGUCCGCGCGCGCGCGGAAUCUUCCACACUCGCCAUCCUCGCUCAUGCCCAUCUCGGACACACCCCCGGACUCCGCUUUACGCCGCCAGUGGGGACCACAACACACUUCAGCCUGCAAGUAGACAGCGCCGUCGAGGCCCUCGACGCUAUCCACGCCGAGUUCCCAAACGCGAAGGUCGUGAGCGUGAGCCACAGCAUGGGCUCCUGGAUCGCGGCCGAGAUGCUCAAGCAGCGCCCGGACGGGCUCGACCGCCUGGUGAUGAUGACCCCCACGCUGCACCACAUCCUCGACACCCCGAACGGGCGCCGUCUCCGCUGGCUCUUCUACUCCUUCCCGCGCGAAGUCGUCUCCUACCUCGGCGCGCUCGGCGCGCUCCUCCCCACCGCGCUCCUCCGCCUCCUCCACCCCUCCUGGCCCGCCCACCAAGUCUCCGUCCUCCGCCGUCUCGUCGGCUCCCCCCGCACGAUCCUCGCCUGCCUCUCGACCGCGCGCGGGGAGAUGCAGCUCAUCCGCGAGUUCCCCGACGCGCUCUUCGCCGCGAACCGCGCGAGCAUCCGCCUCUUCUUCGCCGUAGACGACGACUGGGUGCCGGCCGCGACGCGCGGGGUCAUCCUGGGCAGGAUCAGCUGGCCGCGGCAGAACGUCCACGUGGUGGACAUGCCGCACUCGUGGUCCAUACGGCACGAGGACAGCGCGGAGGCGGGGGAGGUGGUCGCGAGGUGGUUGGACGAUCUUUGA